GGCUGGGGAUUUGGAUCGUGGAGCGCGGAGGAGGGAGAGUGGGGAGGGGAAAGAAGUUGGACACGGACAAUCUUGCAGUAACUUUUUUUUUUUUCUUUCUUCUUCUUUCCUUUCUCCGUGGAAGAAGAAGAAGAAGCGUCAAGAAUAAAAGUCACAGGGACAAAAAAAACCCACACUGGAUUACAUUUGAAUUCCAUUUGCAUCGCCUCCUCAGACUGUUUGGAUACUUUUACGCACGGAGGGAUUCAUGUGGAGGUGAAAAGUUGUGGAUUUAUCAAUAGUUGAAGAGGAGUGAAACCAUGUGGCUUCUCUGCUCCUCUUUGACGCUGCUGGCGCUCAGCUUUGGAUCAUGUGACACCCUGACAUCAUCGCAAGAUGAGCAGUGCCCCUCCUUGCAAGUGGAUGAGUGGAAGUUUCCUCAGUCCGCCAGGCACAAUAUUACCGGUUUUAACCUGGUGAGGCGAUUUUCCCUGCUGAAGAGUCAAGAUGUCAAGAAGAUCCGCAACCCUCGUGGACCUAUCAUCCUCCGCCUGGGCAAGACUGCACUCUUACGUCCCACAGAUUCGGUUUUCCCUCAUGGUCUACCUGAGGAGUUCACUCUGAUCUUCACUCUGGCAUUGAAGAAGCCUGCCCUGAGGGACACCAUCUACCUCUUUCAGAUAUCUGAUCAACGGGGAUACCCACAGUUUUCUGUAGAACUAAACAGCGCUGACAACACCCUGUCCCUGCGAGCCCUCGGGGUGGACCCUGAGGCCGAUCUGGUGAGCUGUGUUUUCACCGGAGAGGGGGUUGAGUCCCUGAAGGACCUGCGCUGGCAUAAGGUCGCCCUCAGCGUACGUCAGGGAGCGGCCUCCCUCCACGUGGACUGCAGUUCCAUUGAGACCAAGCCCCUGGAUCCCCGUGGAGUUCUACCCACUGAUGGACACACCCUGCUGGGCAUCCGGGCCUCUGAUGCUGGGCCGGUGCAGAUGGACGUUCAGCAGGUGAUGCUGUACUGCGACCCCUCCCUCGCCAUUCAGGAAGCGUGCUGCGAGAUACCGGGGGCUCGGUGCCCUCCAGAUGUUCCCAAGAGCCGUCGUGCUGCUGAAAAUGACCUGCUGGAAAACACUUUUAAUCAGGACAUUUUUGCAUCCAAGGCUGGGGCAGAGAAAUGUGCUGGUUGUUUAUUCCUGAAUAGGGAAGAAAAUGUGCUACAACUUGGUGCGGCAGCUGGACUGAAAGGUGAAAAAGGUGAUCGGGGUGAUGACUGUUCUGGCUCCCAUUCAGGUCCUUGUGCAGAGGGACCCAAGGGCCAGAAGGGAGACAAAGGCGAGCCGGCACUGCCAGGCAACUGGGGAGAAGCAGUUGGGUACAAGGGAGAAAAGGGCCAGAAGGGAGAACUUGGUCCACAGGGUCUCACAGGCACUCCAGGGAAGGAUGGUCGAGCGGGGUCCAUCUGUGUAGUCGGCCCCAAGGGACAGAAGGGUACAUCAGGUUCAGUGGGUCCAGAAGGAUUGGCUGGGGAGCCAGGAAAGCCUGGACCACCAGGGCUGCCAGGGGCUGGAAAACCAGGUCUACCAGGCCCUCCUGGUCCACCGGGUGGUGCAAAAGGAGACAAGGGGGAUUCAGGACUUCCAGGAGAAGAUGGAUUGCCAGGGGAUCCAGGACCACGAGGACCUGCAGGGUCUAAAGGAGAGAAGGGUGACCCAUGUGAAGUGUGCCCCACGCUGCCUGCAGACCUCAGCAAUACAGUGACACUGCAGGGGAAGCCAGGUCCUAAAGGGGAGCCUGGAUUACCAGGGAUCAGCCAGAGAGGACUACCUGGGCCCCAAGGUGCAGAUGGCAAGUCAGGACAGAAGGGAGAACAAGGAUCAGAUGGUGCUAAAGGAGAAAAGGGUGAACCUUGUUCUGUGUGCCCCACACUUGGCGAAUUACCUGCUAACUUGCUCUCCAGCGGCGCCAUGACCCAAAACCUGAAGCUGAAGGGCGAGAAAGGAGAGCCUGGGAUUGGACAGAAAGGGGAGCAAGGAGAGGCAGGAAGCGCAGGCUCACCUGGCCUUAACGGAGAGAAGGGUAGCACGGGGAGUAAAGGAGCUGACGGUAAGCCGGGAAAAACUGGACCCAGAGGACCCAUAGGGAAGGAUGGGCCCAAAGGUGCAAAGGGUGAACAGGGACUUCCUGGUCUUGGCAUUCCUGGCCUCAAGGGUGAGAAGGGCGAGUGUGGUGUGUGUCAGCCAUUGGAAGUUGGCAGUGGACACUCAAAUGUUAAAGUGCCUGAGGGAGAAAAAGGUGCACAAGGCGAACCAGGUCCUCCAGGGCCUGCCGGACCUCCAGGCCUUGGAGCCGAAGGCAAACAGGGCCUGCAGGGUGUUGCUGGCGCUAAAGGAGAAAAGGGUGACCAAGGAGAGCAAGGAGAAAAAGGCUUAGACGGAGCUCCUGGAGCCCCGGGACUGCCUGGAGAGUCUGGCCAGGAUGGAAUAAUGGGCUUAAAGGGAGAGAAGGGUGAUGCUUGCACCAGCUGUCCAACUCUUGGUGCUGCAUUGGGUGAUGGUGUGGCUGUCCCGGGACCCAAAGGAGAGAGAGGAGAACCUGGUCCUGCAGGAGAAGGGAAGCCUGGCAAAAACGGAAAACCUGGGUUACCAGGUUUGCAGGGGCCCGCUGGUCCCAAAGGAAGCAAGGGAGAACCUGGACUCGAAGGAGUGGGCCUUCCAGGACCACAAGGUGAAGAGGGACCAAGAGGACUUCCUGGACUUCCUGGACCUCGUGGUGACAGAGGACUGACUGGCCCUGAUGGCCCUGUAGGGGAGAAGGGCUCCAGUGGAGAAACUGGACCUCCAGGACCACAGGGCCCAAUGGGAGUUGGAGUAGCAGGACCUCCGGGCAAAGAGGGUGCACGAGGGGUUACGGGGUUGCCAGGAGCUGAUGGCAGACCUGGACGUGAUGGAGCUAAGGGGGACAAGGGUGAACCUGGAGAGUGCAACUGCAUAAUGUCAAUGCACACGGGCCUAGGUGGACCUGGGGCUCCAGGAGCUUCAGGAAGCACAUGGCAACCUGGCCCUCAGGGGCCCCCAGGACCUCCUGGACCACCUGGCCCCCCUGGGCCUCAAGGUGUCCAUGGAAUUCAAGGACCCCAGGGUAUCCCUGGAAACGACGGGAUACCGGGGAAUCCGGGUUUGCCUGGAAAAAUCAUGCCCGCUGGACUACAGCAGCUGCCUCAAGACUCUGCUGGAGACGAGGGCUGUGAUGGGGGCUGUUCCCAAGGGUUACCAGGGGUACCAGGCAUGUCAGGUGCCAAGGGAGAAAAAGGAGAUCAGGGCAAGCCUGGUGUAACCCCCUUGGACAGCUGUGACUUGUGUUUGGAGAGACUGCAGAGGGAGCAGGCGACACAAGCAGUGCAGGGUGACCAAUCCUGUGCAGGAACACCAGGAGUUCCAGGAAUGCCCGGAUCACCAGGACUAAAGGGCGAGCAAGGUGUACCAGGUGAGAGAGGACACGCUGGACUACCAGGAAGCAUGGGACCUCCUGGUUUCCCCGGUCCUCAGGGUCCAUCUGGUUUACCUGGUCAGCAGGGUGAGCGAGGGUCACCGGGACUUGCAGGAAUGAAGGGUGAGCAGGGCCCUCCAGGAACCCCUGGGUAUCCAGGAACCAUGGGACCACCCGGACUGCCUGGGCUGAAAGGUGAACGUGGAAGCCCAGGAAGUGCUGGCCAUAAAGGAGAAUCAGGUCCUCCUGGUAACCCUGGGUACCAAGGACAGGCAGGCUCACCGGGCAUUAAAGGAGACACAGGACCUGCAGGGCCACUAGGACCCAAAGGCGAACAGGGCUUCCAAGGAUCACCAGGAUUCCCAGGACCACCUGGUGCACCAGGUCCCGCUGGCAAAACUGGAAGAGAAGGACACACUGGGCUUAAAGGUGAAAAGGGAAAUGAUGGUGCUCCUGGAUCUCAAGGACCAACUGGACCCCCGGGCGCUCCUGGCUCCCCAGGGCUGAUGGGCCCUCCUGGCAUCGAAGGAAUAGAUGGGAAAGAUGGAAAACCAGGGCUGCGGGGAGAGCUCGGUCCUGCAGGCCCAGCAGGACCACGAGGAAUCCCUGGAUUCAAAGGGAAAACCGGCCACAUUGGGUUCCCCGGACAGAAGGGUGAGGCUGGCCCUGCAGGGCCUCCUGGAGCACCAGGUAGACCAGGACAUGAGGGUGAUCCCGGUACUCCAGGAGCUCUGGGACGACCUGGACCCCAAGGCCAUAUUGGUCCUCCAGGUCCAGCUGGACCACCAGGUCCUCCUGGACAGUCAGGAGUGGGUAUAAAAGGAGAUAAGGGUCAAGCCGGUGAAAGGGGUCUCCCAGGUAUGGUAGGACCCCCAGGACCACCCGGACACCCAGGCGCUUUGGGCGAGCCUGGCAGUGAUGGCGCUGCUGGUAAAGAUGGAGCGCCAGGCUUACCAGGGGACAACGGGCAGCCAGGUCAGAAGGGAGAGCCAGGGGCCCAAGGCCAGAGGGGGCUUCCAGGGGAGAGAGGUAGGCCAGGGCCCCCCGGUGGUGGAGGAUAUCACUCUAAGGAUGCACAGCCCAUCAUUGGCCCAGUGGGACCCAGAGGGGAACGGGGAAGCCCAGGCUCAGAGGGUCCCCCUGGGCUUCCUGGACCUCCAGGAUCCCCAGGAAAUGAUGCUGUGGUUAAUUAUGAUGAAAUCAGGAACUUCAUCCGCCAGCAGGUCAUCAAGAUCUUUGAUGAGAGAAUGGCCUACUACAUGUCUCGCAUGCAGAUGCCUGUAGAGAUGGUGGCAUCCCCAGGUCGACCAGGGCCCCCAGGGAAAGAUGGCACUCCAGGUAAUCCAGGGGCCCCAGGGGCUCCUGGAAUGCCGGGACAGAUCGGCCGACAAGGCCGACCAGGAGGACAAGGCCUCCCCGGACCACGAGGACCCCAGGGAGAGAAAGGAGACAAAGGAGUUGGUGAGAUGGGAGAUGUCGGACCUCCAGGUGCACCAGGUGUCCCAGGACCCCCAGGUUAUGGUAAGAUGGGACCCCCAGGUUCUGUUGGCCAGCAGGGCGUUCCUGGAAUCCCGGGCCCUCCUGGACCUCCUGGUUCAAAGGGGAAAGACGGUCGGUGUAAUCCUGGUGACUGUAUGAGCCAUCAAGUGGACUACAGCCCCAAGGGCCCCCCUGUCAAGGGCCCCUGGUAGAGGGCCACGCUAACGGAGGAGGAGGGGACUGAAGCAAAAGAGACUACGAGGACAGGAAGCCAAAGAUCACCACCUGAUGCUAUUAAAUCUGACCACAAAUAAAGCAGCUAUGUAACUACCAGAUGUACAGGCAGGUGGGAUCCAAAAUUCACUAAACUUUUCUGAAGCCCCCGUUGGAACCAAAGCCUGCACGAACCACCAGCAGUUCAAUGGUAUCACUUCACUUUUCUCUCUCAAUGACAGUUUUCUGCCAUAUUACCCAUAUUACCAUCUUUUAUUUUGUUCAUGUGUCUUUCCCCUCUCCUUCUGUAUUUUCAACAGUAACCCCCCGCCCCCCCAAAAAAAAAAAAACAUAAUCUGCCACUUCCUUGUGUUUCCCUCUCCUGUUUUCUGUUAAAAUCAUUGGAAAAACAACAGAUAAUUCCUGUCGCCCUUCUGCUUCUUCUGUCAUAUCUUUGUUCCAUUCACACCAAAUCACAUUCAUAGUUCAUCAGUCUGUGUGUCAUUUGUUCUUUUCAUAUUCAAUUAUAUAUUCACAAUCAGAAAACGAAAAAACGACUCGUUAUUUCAUUAUUCAUGUACAAAUCAAAAAGUGAGUUUUUCAUUCUUUCGAUUGUACACACAAAUUAAAAAUUGGAAAUAAGCAAAUGGACUAAAUGUGGGGUUUCAUGUUAACAUUUCUGAUAUCUGAUCUGGUUUGACCCGGAGGUUACUGACUUCUUUGUGUGUUGAGCUGGACAGUCGUGGGUUUGCUAGUAUUCUGUUUAAUGCAUUCUGCGGUCAUGGAGAAUUUUGUGUUAUUCAGAGGCAGCAAAUUCAUUACUAUUAAGGAGGACGACAUGACAACUGAAAAAAUCGGCAGGAUCUUCCAGGUAUUGUUGUUUUGUUUAGUACAGUGUGGCCAUGGUAACCAAUCUAAGUAGAAGCCACUUGGCGUAACACACAAAGAAGUCAGUAACUUCUGGGUCACACCAAAUCACAUAUCAAAAAUGUCAACACGAAACCUGACAUCUGGUCCGUUUGCUGAUUUCCAAUUUUUAAUUUGUGCAUUUGAUUUUUGAUUUGUACAUAAAUAAUGAACUAACAAGUCAGUUUUUCAUUUUCCGAUUGUGGAUUCUCAAUUGAAUAUGAAAAGAACAAAUGAUACACGGAUUUUCAUCCCGUGUAUUUGUAAUAUUCUGUCUCAGUGCUCGAAGUGUCAUAUAUAUAUUUGAUUUGUCAGAGACGAUGCGUGGCAAUGUAUUUUAAAUCUGUACAAACAGAUGUCAAAAACUUGGAUUUAUACCCUCUUUGAUGGAUUGACUGUUUUGUAUAUAUUUCUAUUUAUAUAUAUCUAUAUAUAUAUAUUUUGGGGCUUUUUAUACUUUUCUCAAAGGAUUUGAUAAAAGGCUGUACGUAAUAAGCCACAUAUUUUCCACUGUCAGUGAUCAUAGAGCCACAGAAAUUGCAGAGGGGAUAUUUUUCUAAGAUCUGUUAAGCAUUCAAAAUGGAAUAAUGUGGUUAGUAAAAAGCAAAUUAUUUGUUGACAAAAAAAGGCGUUUACGUGAGGAAAAAAAAAAAGAACGAUUGGCUUUUGUAAUUAUGUUCAUUUUGUGCCAUUUUACCUCCAGUAUUUAUGGAAAGCAGCCAUUAUAAAACAUCUCAUUUCAUUUUGUAUUCCAAAGUAGCUCUAAUAGCCAU